AUUUAGACUAAGUUUAGAUAUCCCAGAAUUUAACUGAAUGGUGAAGGAAAGGAGAAUCCAAGGCAUGAGGUACACAAGCAUCCAGUACAUGACACAUGGUGUGGCUUCUUCGCUUUUGACCGCAAAAUUUGCCUGGCCGUACGGACGGCUGUGACAAGUCAACUUCUCUUGGUUUUAGAAAUUCUCCCUAUUUUUUUUUAAUCUGCUUAUGGUUCUCAGCGCAUAUGCACACGCAGCGUUAUUUCCGCAGUGACAUGUGAAGGCAAGAGUUCCAAUAUCUCAAGUUAAAAUAGAGUCUGAUACAAACGCUUACGUUUUCUUCUUUCACCACCGCAAGAAGAGCUGGUCAAGCUUGUUUUUGGUGUUGGGAUGGAUAGAUGAGAUUUUCCCACAUGUAUUCUCUCUUCCACAGAACUGAGGACGGCCAUGGCGGUGUGGAAUAAAAGGAAGAAUUCAUCAUCUCAAGCCUGAUCCCUGGGCCAUCUUGCGGUCCUGCUAAUAAUGGGAGAACAUAAUAAGGAUGACAGAUCUACUACAAGCACCCAGAAUUACUCAUCAUGGGUGCUACGGGCAAAGUAUUCUCCCACCGUGUGUUAUAGGCUGGAUCCUCUAGAAAAACAUAGUUUUCCGAUAUCCCGUGAAGUAUUGAUGUCUCGGCCGAUAAUGUCCGGAUCAAUCAAGCCAGCCCCUCCAUUACUGCCCCCCUCAUUAGAAAAAUCAAAAUCAUCAUUACCCAAAGCCAGCUCCGUAGAUUUUUCAUUCUCAAAUCAGAAAACAUUCAACAGGAGAUGCCCAUCCCCAGAACCUCAAUCUGCCGUUUCAGACAUUUUCAAUCAUGCCAAGUCAAAGAGCAAGAGGUUUUUAUCUCCUCAAAGAAAACCCCCAGACAAUAUGUGGAAUAAGACCUCAUCGAUGGUUAGACACUAUGACAGAGGCCGCAAACCAAAGAGUGCGUCCAUCCGAACUUCUACCCCUCCUUCACCCAGUUCUCCUAUGUUCAACUUCUUUUCACCAUCGAAAAGCCCAGAUUUUUUUAGCAAAGAUUGUCAACUUAGAAAUUCAUGGUCCAGUUAUGUCGAACAAUCAGGUGAUUCUAUGACAGCUGUAGAAUCAGCUCAAGAAUGGAUGGUGGACUUAUCCAAGCUGUUUUUGGGUCAGAAAUUUGCUUGUGGGGCACAUAGCAGACUUUAUCAUGGGUUUUACAAUGAGAAACCUGUUGCAGUGAAGGUCAUCAGGCAGCCUGAUGGCGAUGAAAAUGAAAUUCUGGCAAGUCGACUAGAGAAACAAUUCAAUAGAGAAGUUACUAUCUUGUCUCGCCUUUAUCAUAAAAAUAUUGUCCAGUUAGUGGCAGCCUGUAUAAAUCCUCCAGUUUUCUGUGUAAUUACAGAAUACCUAUCAGGAGGUUCUCUGAGAUCCUUUUUGCAUAAGAGGGACCCUGGAUCAGUAGCCUUGAAAGAAUUUGUAUCCAUGGCUCUGCAUAUUGCUCGAGGUAUGGAAUAUUUGCACUCACAAGGGGUGAUCCACCGAGACUUGAAGUCAGAGAAUCUGUUAUUUACAGAAGACAUGUGCUUGAAAAUAGUGGACUUUGGUAUAGCUUGUGAGGAAGUGAACUGUGAUUAUUUGAAUGAAGAUCCAGGCACAUAUCGCUGGAUGGCACCUGAAAUGAUUAGCCAUAAGCCAUACAACAGGAAGGUUGACGUCUACAGCUUUGGCAUUGUAUUGUGGGAGAUUGCUACAGGGAGGAUACCAUAUGAAGAUAUGACACCCGUGCAAGCUGCUUUUGCUGUGGUGCACAAGAAUGUUAGGCCUACACUUCCAGAAAAUUGUCCACUUGCUAUGGCAAAGCUAAUUGAGAUGUGUUGGGCCCAAAACCCAGAAAAGAGACCAGAGUUUUGGUACAUUGUGAAGAUCCUUGAGCAAUUUGAGGCUGCUCUUCUACAUGAUGGCACACUGACUAUAUGUCAAAUUCUCUUUUGUAAUGAACGGAGGAACCGACUACCACAAUGGUUUCAGCGGCUUGGUAUAGGAAAUCCUCGUAAUGCUAUAUCACCAUCGCCAUCCAAAUUAGAAUGACAGUCGUGCACUUUAAGUCUUUAUCCUAUCUAUGAUUAUGCCUAUUGACGUAAUACCUUAGGUACACGCAAAACGUUCUUAUGUCAGCCACUGACCAGGUAAUGUAAAUUCUAAUCUUGCCUCUAACUAUCACAUUUCACCUAUACUUGUUUUUCUUCUCAUCUAAGAAGCAUUGUUUGAUGAUGCCCCUAUAUUGCUUCUAUAUUGUAAAAUAUCCCAACCAUUUUCCCACACUUUACCUAUAGUAGCAUUUCUUUUUUAUGUCAGUUUAUCACCUGCCGUCAUUUGAAGUAGUCAUGGUCUAUUUUUCUGAGAUAUUAAAUAAAAAAUGGUUUGUAGCACACUGUGCAGCUGAAAGCAGUAUUGAGCACUGAUGUAAGUAUGUCUGCAAUAAUGAGUGUGCCUUUGAUAGAAGGUAUUUAAUUGAAUGCAAUGUUUGUGUAAUGGCAAUUGUUCAGAAUAGCAGCAUUAUCAAAAUGAUUUAAUGAAAAAUAGUUGAACCCAGAAAGCAAUCAGUUAUUCCAGGAUGAACUUGUAGUUGGUAAUUUUGUACAUUUUGAAACCAACAGUGAUCCUGAAGUAGUUGAAUUUUUUGUCAAAAAGAGUCGUAGGAUGGCAAAGAUGAUGUCGAUACGCUUGAUGCCAUCUUGUCAGGGUUCUUAUAUGGAUAAUGCAACAUAUGAACUAGAGAUUGGCUUGACUGUGAAGUGUCAAAUGCAUUGCCUCUAAUUUACAGGUGUGCAAAAUUUGUUUUUUUUAAAAUUUCACCGGAAGCAAGCAUCUCCUUUCAUUCUAAUAAUGCAAUGAAUUCAUCAUAUUUA